CCACUAUCUAACAAAUUUAUCUUCUACCUGCCCCCAAGAUCCAUAGGAUCUCCAUUAAAAUAAUUCCUAAAGCCCCCUCCAUGAGACCACUUCUAAGCAGCCGCAUGGGACCUUGUGGUUAGGGUUUCAAGGGUUUUUAGAGUUUUCGGGGGUAAAAAGGAAUUCUUAGCGGCCGCAGAAGGUGUCUGGAGCAGGGCGACGUGUUCAAGAUGCAGAUAUUCGUGAAAACAUUGACUGGUAAAACAAUAACCCUAGAGGUAGAAUCCUCUGAUACAAUCGACAAUGUGAAGGCGAAGAUCCAGGAUAAGGAGGGUAUUCCUCCUGAUCAACAGAGGCUAAUCUUUGCUGGGAAGCAGCUGGAGGAUGGCAGAACCCUUGCGGAUUACAAUAUCCAGAAGGAGUCCACCCUUCAUCUGGUCCUUCGACUCAGGGGAGGUGCGAAGAAGAGAAAGAAGAAAACCUAUACUAAACCCAAGAAGAUUAAGCACAAGAAGAAGAAGGUCAAGUUGGCUGUUUUGCAGUUCUACAAGGUGGAUGACUCUGGUAAGGUGCAGAGGCUUAGAAAGGAAUGCCCUAAUCAGGAAUGCGGAGCUGGGACUUUCAUGGCCAAUCACUUUGACAGGCAUUACUGCGGCAAAUGCGGUUUGACUUAUGUCUAUCAGAAAGCCGAGGCUUAAGUUGAUUUGGCCCUAAAUUGGGUUUUGGGUUAAACGGGGUUUAGUUAAGAAUUGGAUCAAUCUAGGGCGGGAAGGAGUUGCUUCACUUUUUAACAUAAUUUGCUGGCGUUUGAAAUUGUCUGAGUUGGAUAAGAAUUUUGUAGCAGGGAUUCAGAUUUUAUUUAUGCAAUUGACAUUCACCAAUCUUUAUAACUAGAUUUAUGAAAAUCUAUUAGUUUAUUGUUAAAAUCAAUAGAUUGAUCUGUUUUAUGGCA